AUCGCAAGUAAAACAACUAACAGCGUGGUGACAUGGUGUCUGUCUAACGCGAAAUCGCCGCUUGCCCGGCGACAGUUGACGUGGGUUCCGCGGGAAGAACCGAGCCCGGCGGUGUGUAAACACGGAUAUGGGAUUCAGCCACUAAUGGCAAAUGCAAUGGUUUUUGCGAGCUAGGUGGCUACGAGCUAAGCCGUUGCCCCUGUGCAACGCUGCCGUGCGGUGCACCGGCAGCCGCCUGCCCGCCAUUAGAGCCCACAACAGCAGCGGACACCACUGCGAAUACACCCGGCCUUAAGAGUCUCUUUUGGCGCUCGACCACUUCUCCGGGGAAUUAUCGUCGUCGAGUUCACAUUCUACUAGUUUGCACGGCCGCGUCGUUCACAGGUCGAAGAAGUAGCAAUGAGAACGGAAAGUGAAAAACAAAGAUGGAGACAGUUCCUUUCUUCCAGCGCUUCAAAGACGACAGAAUGACAACAUGGCGAUUCCUCAGAUACACUGGGUGAUGGGGAUAUGAAGAUCUCCCCCACCCACUACCAAAAGAUCAGUUUAAGCCUAAAUUCUCUGUGAAUUGUCUGCCUUCUCCUGGAUGGACUGGCAGCCUUUUAUACUUCCCCAUGGGACUCCAGCUCGGUCACCGGAGUGUUCUGUGGAGAUCCAUGCAACUGUGGGGAGCACCUGGCUCCAGGCUUGUCUAGCUAAACCGCUGACUAAACCAACUCUGUUUAUCCAGAUGUGUUCAGUCUCUCGACUGCUCCUCUUGUCUGUGUGCCAACACCUCCAGCUUUUCAAAUAUGAUAAGGGCCGCACUGUAAGAACGCUCCCAGCGCUCUGCUAAUCUUUAACCAGAUAAAACCUAAAGGGGUGGGAAGAGAAAACAGUCAGAAGUUAUUUUGGCUCCUUUUUUUCUGGCUUGCCCGCCUUUCUUUAGUCAAAUUCAUUCAUACCUGGGACAACAAUGGAGGAGUCAGCGCCGCAACAGACUCAAGAUUUGGAAUAUCCCGGCCCGACUGAAGAACAAGGUGGAAUCCGGAGAAGAUUGCGAGACAGAGAACUUCUGAAGAAGAGGAAGGCUGAAGCAGAAGAGAAGGAAACAAACCAGUGGCUUUUCGGAGAGGAGAGCCCAAGAAAGAGAGCGCGGGCUGAGACGAAAGGGAGGCGAGGAAGGCCAAGGAAGGCAGAGAUCCGUCCGGCUCCAGAUGCAGCCGUCCUGGCUGAGGGAGCUCCAGCUGUGGUGGUGCUGGUGCCUGCGCCUCAGGAGGCACUGACCAGCUCUGGAACUGACGCUCAAGGAUCACGACCUGCUGAUCUCCCAGAGCAAGGCCCAGUUCUUUCUGAUCUUCUGGUUCCUUCUCAAGUGGUCGCCACAGCAGCUUUUGAUUCCCCUCCCGUUGCCGCUCCAGCCAUUCCCAUCAGGCCGGAUCUCGUCCCGAUUGCUGCAGUUCCUGUUGACUCAACUCCAACUUUGGCUCCACUCUUGGUCGUUGCUUCAUCCACUGCAGCCGAUUCUGACCCAGUCAUUCAAGUUGCCCAAGAAUUAGAUAACCGUACACCAACUUUGGCUACGCCCUCAGUCGUUGCUCCAGUCGGUCCUGACCCAGUCGCAGUUGACCCGACUUCACUUCUACCUUCCACUGUUUCCACAAGUGAAACCUUGAAUCCUCAAGAGUCUCUGGUUGUGUCUGAUGACUCAGCCGUCACCCGAGCUGAUGCUGCACCCCCGUCCACUGUGCCUUCACUGGAGGUGACCAUUUCAAUAACCCCACAGAAUCCUGUUGUAAUUGAGGACGAGGGUCCGGAUGAGACUGAAGACUUCCCACAAUCCCAAGAAGAUGAAGGUGUGAUGCCAUUGAACAGCACGACUGAGCAAAACCAGAAAUUCCUCACGCAGUCCUCAGCACUUCCCCAGCAGCAGGAGUAUCCAAACGGAAACUGAUGCCGACCGCCUGAUGAGCUGAUCCAAUACUCAAUACUUCAGAAAACGUUUGUUGUCAAUAUGCCGAUCAUCUUCACUCUGUUCCCACAAAUCAGUAUAAAAGCGUGUGCUUAUUUAUUUUAUGCUCAUUUGCCAUGACAGUAGAUUUAAUUUUAUCGUGAAAUAAGAUACAUUCAUUUUAACAUUCCAUUGGAGUUUAGUUUUUUUUUAAUCCAACUGCACAGCUAUGGUGUUUUAUACAACUUGUUUUUCACUCAAUAAAAUAUCAU